CCCCACGCUCGCUGUCAAAGCCCUCAAAGACGCAAAAAGGGAUGGGCAAGCCCCUAAGAGCUACAUCCUAGCAGCUAACUGCGUCAUCCAUCAUCCACUCCCUCUCCGCCCUGCUAUAUAAGCACCCUCAACUGAACCAAAACCCACCCAUUCUCCACCUACGAUUCGAACGUACAAAUUAAGGUUGAUCCUUGUGCAUUUGUCUUCUGCAUCUUCAGCAGCGCUCGCACUGUCAGCAUGAAAGUCGUGUUAGGAUUGUUUGGGCUGAUCUGCCUGAUGGUUCUUGCUCACGGGGCGGAGGAAAGAGCAGAAGACCUCGACCCGGCUGAGUCUGCUUUUUGGGGCAGAUGGGGAAGAGGCUGGGGCGGCGGAUACGGAGCAAUAGAGGAUGUCCUCUCAAGGGUUGAAGCCAACUGGAUAUCAACAUAUUUUUGUAUGGAAAAACAGUCAAAAGUGCCUCCUGUUGUUUUUCGUUGCCUUGAUCGACCUGUGAAGGAAGGGCAUAUCCGGAGGACAGAAUAUUGUUCACUCUCAACAUGGAAUACGGGUCUGUACCUAGUCACUAAGAACUGCCGUGGGACAUGGCUUGAGCCAUGCGACGUCACAGAUCACAUCAAUAGGCUCUUGAUUAAUGCGAGGGAGCGGUUCUUCCAAGAAGGAGCGGUUGGGGAGGAGGCUGGGGAAGAGGCUGGGGAAGAGGCUGGGGAGGAGGCUGGGGGGGAGGCUGGGGGGGACGUCGUCACUUUUGGGGCUGAACGCCUUCUUUGA